CGGAGCCACUGCUGCUUGGUUUAGCCAUCACUCACACUCUUCUCACGGCUCGAGGAAACUACAGCCUGCCAAGAUGUGCAAAGGAUUAGCAGCGCUGCCCCACACGUGCCUGGAGAGGGCCAAGGAGAUCAAGACGAAGCUGGGCACACUGAUCCAGAAGCACGACUCAGCCAUUGACUUCAUCAUCCCCUACCCUGAGAAGCCAGAGAAGCCGCCCAAGGCCCAGAAGCCAUCACCAGAGGAGGCUCUGCAGUGGCGUGAUUCCUUGGAAAAGCUCCUGCAAAACCCCUAUGGGCUCUCCAGCUUCCUCACCUUCCUGCGCUCCGAGUUCAGCGAGGAGAAUGCCGAGUUUUGGGUGGCCUGUGAGGACUACAAGAAAACCAAGUCCCCUGUGAAGAUGGCAGAGAAGGCCAGGAAGAUCUAUGAGGAGUUCAUCCAGACCGAGGCACCCAAAGAGGUGAACAUCGACCACUUCACCAAGGCUGUGACCAUGAAGAACCUGGUGGAGCCGUCACCAACCAGCUUUGACAUGGCCCAGAAGAGGAUCUUUGCCCUGAUGGAGAAAGACUCCCUGCCGAGAUUUGUGCGGUCGGAGUUUUAUCAGGAGUUAAUCAAGUAGCAAUGUGGCAGGGCUGUGCAAGGCAUCCCCACUGCUUCUAUCUAAACACCCGCCCCUUCUCCUGCAGCUGCUUUGCUUUCUUCAUACCACCCUAGAAGAGCACCCAGGGAUGUUGCUAAACAUCUCUCCCCGUGCUUUGGAUUGUCAGAUGUCCUGGUGUUUCCUCUCUUCCCAUCUCUUUCCUCUCCCACAGAAGACCAAUUGCAGAAAUUCCCUGGAGUUGGGACCCAGAAGGGUGGCAGAGCAGCCCCAGGUCCACAGUGACCGGGAGCCACUUGGACAUCUGGCACAUCUCUGGUGCUGCAGAGCUUGGCAUUAGCUGGAGGCUCUGGGGUGCCAACGCUGCCUUCUUAGGACUCCUUAGGACAUGACAAUUUUUCUCACAGUUUUGCCCGUAUCACUCAUUUGGCCCAGGCUCGCUCCCUCCUCCCAGCUUCCCAGGGUGCUGCUGAGACUGCGCAGGUACCCUACAGGUUCUUCCCUCCCUGGCCAAGGUGCGGGGUGAGAUGUGUCCACUGCCUGAUUGGCAUCAUCUUGUCUUCAGAAAGCAGCCAACCAGCAGGCAUAGUGACAGCCGUGCAGGGAUGGAGGCAAAGCAGGGACAGUGUGACAGCCAUACAGCAGGGAUGGCAGGAAUGGCAGUGAUGGCUGUAUGGCAGAACCAGGAGCCCCAGAGUGUACCUGGCAGGCACGAGGGGUGAGCAGAGCGAGCCUGCAGCACUGCUUCCCCAACAGCUCUGCUCGGAGUCAGUGCUGAGACAGCCUGUUUGCUCCACACUAAAGACAGUAAAGAGGGUAAAACAAGACCUGUUUGUCCAAAACACCAGGACUGUUUAGCAACCCAGAACUCUCGCUCUCUCCAACCUUUGCACCAUGUCCUGAGCCCUCAGACCACAGCCCGUGCCAUGUCCCAGUGCCAGUGCACAGCCCUCGCAGUGCUGGUGUCUGUGGCGUGCUGGGAUGGCAGCUCUGGGGGUUGCUGCAGGGGUUUCUUGCUCCAGUCACUUCUGUCUGCAGUAGGCAUGCCAAAGUGAUACUUCUGCACAAACCCAACCAAGGGGCAUCGAUCAGAGGAGGGAGGAAAGUCAUGUUGGGGAGAAAAAAAGCUGCAAUUGCAGCUGUUCAGAUCCAGUUUGAAAAAUCCAAACCAAACCCAAAAACCAAACCCAAAUUAAAAACCGUCAUUGGAAACAUGAAAAAUAAACCCCUAGAUUCUUGAACAGAUGCAAACUACUGAGUUUGUGUAGCCUGCAUCUCCCUCUCCUGUCUCCUCCCAUCUGCCAAGGAUGUGUGAUUCCAUAGGCUGUUUCUAAAAAGACCAGCUCUUUUCUGAUUCAAAGCCAGCCCUCUGCUAACAGAAUAAAUCACACCUGAGGAUGGGGCAAGGGCAUACAUGAAAAGCAGCUGGGAUCUUAUUUCAGCCUCGAGGCAAAUGCAAUG